AUGAGACGUCAAUUUCCUCGUGGUAGUUCACCGAAAACAGUCUAUUUGUAAAAACAUUUUUUUUUCAUUUAUCCUUUUUGUUUAUUUUCACACUUUUUGUUAUUUGAUUUUUGACAAAAUUUUGAUAUAAAUUUCAGGCUUAUCUAAUUGAAAUUGUCGUCGAAACAUUAGCUGAUGGAAAUGAAAUGGAUAAACUACAACAAAUUGUUACAUAUAGAGUUAUUAAUGAUUCAAAACCUCUAGCGUUUCUAUUAUUAUCUUAUGAAGCAAGAUGUUCGACACUUUUUCAAAGUGGGGUUGAUAUUUUAGCAAGAAACAAAGCAAGUGAUGAAAUUGUUGAAGUUAUGUUAGAAAAACAACAUAUUGUUGAUGCUUUUCGAUUUAUUGAUGCUCGAAAUCUCAACGAAAGUAUUAUUCCAAAAGUUGUUGAAGCUGCGAAACAUUGUUCUAGACAAACACAAUAUGCUAUUAAAGAACAUUUGACUGAGAAAAAGGCAAAAGGUUUGUAUUUUUAUCGAAAAUAAAUUGACUGAAAUUAUAUUUCAGCAACAAUUAUAAAUUCCCUUCCUGAUUUAUAUGAACAAUCGGAGAUUGAUAAAACUGCCAAUGAACUUGCCACGUGUCAAAGUUUCGAAGUAUAA